ACCGCCUUUCACCUUCCUUCCCUCUCUCACCACACACCUUGGUCCGCAGUCGCACACACAUAAACCCAAACCGCGUCCCCCUCAGCCGCGCGCCACCGAUCCCCUCCCCUUCUCCGCUUCUCCAAACAACCGACCAACCCCAUGCCGCCGCCGGAGCACCCCCUCCCGGGCCCCAACCCGAAGCCGAAGCCCCCGAAGCCGAAGCCGCCGAAACCCAGGCCGGAGCCGCUGCGGGACCACGUCGCCGUCCCGGAGGUCCCGUUCCCUCCGGACCACUUCGCGUGCGCCUCCCGCUGCACGGACCGCUGCGCGCACCACGGCCUCUGCGCUCCUCUCCCGCCGCCGGCCGCCACCGUGCACCUCAGGUCUUCUUCCUCCUCCCGCCUCCCCACCCCGCUCAUCGCGCUCUCGGCUUCCGUCCUCGCAGCCUCCGCGCUUUUGUUGGUCAUCCUCCUCGUCUGCCACCUCCUCCGCCGCCGCCGCCAGAGACAGAGCGCGGCCGCACCGCUGACCCAGCACCUCGGCAACGCGGAGGCGGGCACGGCGCCGCCGCUGGCGUUGUCGGAGGGGGAAGAAGGGGAUGGCGGGGUGCACCACGUGUGGUACAUCCGGACCGUGGGGCUGGACGAGCGCGCCAUCGCGGCCAUCACGGCGCUGGUGUACGACUCCGGCAAGUGCCGCCGCGUGGGGCAGCAACUCCUCGGCGGGGACGACGACGGGUGCGCAGUGUGCCUGGCGGAGUUCCGCGACGGGGAGACGCUGCGCCUGCUGCCCCGCUGCGGCCACGCGUUCCACAGGGGCUGCAUCGACGUCUGGCUCCGCGCCCACGUCAACUGCCCGCUCUGCCGCGCCCCAGUCACCGCCAAGCCCGCCCCCGCCGCCACUGCUCCGUCCUCCGCGGGGAUCGAUGGCGAGGCAGCACCCGCGGCGGCGGCGGAUCCUGCCGUGGGUGGUGGCGCCGGCGCUGAGGAGGACGAGGGCGGAUUGCGUGAGCCGGCUGCGGUCAGGCGGGCCGUGUCCAUGGUGGCGCUCCCGAGGCGGGCGCCCUGGCCGGAGGUCUCGCUCCUCCGAGAGCCGGCGUCUAACAGCGGGCGCGAGGGGGAAAUGGGCCUGUUGAAGGUCAGCGGAGUGCUCAAGCUGUCGGAGGCGUUGGAGAUGGUCGGCGUAGGCCGCAGCGGCAGGUCGAUGUCGUUCGGCAGCGCGCUUCUGCCAGCGAGGUCAGGGCAGCCGGCCGCCACCGGGGCCAACAACGCCGACGAGACGCCACGGUGAAUUGCUGCAGGAUGAAUGUUGAAUUGAUGAUGAUGCUUGCUUGAUUUCUGAUGUGAUCAAAGGUUGCGGUUUUGGGAGUGAAGAGCGUGAGCUUGUGCAUACACUGCAAACAUGUCAGGAAUUGUAAAUAAGAAUUACUGACAGAGAAAGUUGUGUUUUUGUAUGAGAGAUUGUGAGAUAUAUAACCAUCUAAAAUAUAUGGAGAUCGCCGGUGCAUGUUCAUCGUGGUUCAUGGCAUGAGCCUAAAAUAUUGUGUUCUGUUCA